GCGAUUCGUGCAUCGCGAUGGCAAAUGCCGGGGAGUGGAUGAUCCCGACGAUCCAAGUGCUGAAGCGGCAGAGCAAGAAGGAUGAGGCGCAGAGGAUUUUGGAAAGAAUUGCCGAUCAUGUGUUGCCUAUAUGCACGAAGCGCCAAUUCAAAGUCCGCAACUUGCUGGAGUUCUUUCCAAAGAAUGGCAACCUUCUCGGGAUGAACGUCAACCAAGGAUGGAAGAUUUUCCUGCGACUACGCCCGGCAUCGCAACCGACGACGUUUCUUCCGUUCGAAGACAUCCUUGGCACCAUGCUGCACGAGCUCGUUCACAUGAAAAUCGGUCCCCACAACGCUUCCUUCUACAAGAUGUUGGAUGAACUGACAAGAGAAAUGGAGAAUCUCCUGGAGAGAGGGCUUCUGGGUGCGGCGGGAGCUGCCUUCCAAGACGCAGGCAAUGGACAGUCCUUGGGUGGAAUGCAUGUACUUCCCUCACAAGUCUCCCGCGUACGAGCUUCUGCGGCGCUCAACCGUCAGAAGCAUCAAGCCAUCAUGUCGACAAACCGACUGGGCGGGUCGGCUGUCGCGGCAUCGGACCUCCGUGCCAAGAUGCUGGAAGCAGCCGAGAAACGCUUGCUCGACUCUCGCGCGUGUGCCAAUAUUACGUGCACCCAUGAAAAAUCCGUCCCCUCCACUCCAGCGGGCCAACCCCACCCAACAAACACUACUCGUGAACAAUUCAACGAUGACGACGACAUCGAGUGGCAGUGCCCUCAUUGCACCUUUUGGAACAAAACGACUGCCGACGCUUGCGAAAUGUGCCAGACUCGUCUGAGCAAGCGGAAACUGGCAUGGGCCACCACCGCUUCCCGACCCCCGCCCCAUGUGAUCGACCUAACAAGCGACGACUAGCUCAACGUUACUGCAUUCAAUACUCAUUGCUAAAACGUGCUUCGGACGCGUGUUCGUCCCCGAGGCCCAACUGGGCCAUCAUCGGGUCGUCCGCCUUGAAGAUACCCUUGCCAAAGUAUUCAGCGAUCGUGUUGAACCCGUCCGUGGCGGAUUCCAACUGGUUGAAAAACAACUCAUGGUUCGACGCUUUGGUCUCGAGAGACGUCUUGAGCGCGACGAAGUGGCGGUGCUCGGGGCCGCACGUCAUGCACUCCCGGUCUGUUUCCGAAAUGCAAUUCUACCACCACGAGAAUGAGUUUUGCGCCACGUGACAUCGAGUACCUGAUGGAACGAGUGGCCACACAUAAAGUGCACGACAGGCAAGUCCAAGUCAUGGCUGCACAAGUCGCAUUUGGUCGCCUGGAACACCAUUGCUUUGGAAGAAAGGGUGGUCAGUUGCGCGCGCAUCUUGGCCGUGUCUUGUUUGAACUUUUUGAUCUCGUCGUUCUCCUUGUCGAUGUGGAUCUGGUCCUGCUUGAGCUGGUUCACCACGUACUGCCGCACCACAGAGAGCGGCAGGUCUCGCGCCUGGCUCAAGAUUGCAACGACUUGGAGCGGUGGAAUCUGCAGCGAUUUCGACGACGAAUCCAUCCACGACAACAACGUUUGCAAGUGCGUCCACAAGUUGGGGUUCGACUCCCCAUGCUGCUUGACUUGCUCCAGCACCGCCACGUUGUCGCCUUCUUCCAUGUGGUGCUGCACGAGCAUGUGGUACAUGUGCAGCUUCUGGCAUGCAAUUUUCGAAUCCAUUCAAACCGCAAGCACUCCAACAGGAAACCGUACCGUGCAUUUGCAUGAGUAUGAGGGCAUGAUCUUCGUCAUACUUGACGCGGGGAUUGUCCAACAGCGCCAACACGGCGGAUUCGUUCUUGGCCGCCGACGUCGAAGCCGUACCUCCCCCCGGUGCUCUGCCACCCUCGUCAUGCUCCUCGUCCAAUUCGUCGACAGCGGCGUUGGGUCCUCCACGGCCGACGUCGCUCAGCACCAUUUCAAGCAACGUAUUGCCAAUCUGGGGGUUCGCGACGGUCUCGACAUGCACAAUGUACUCGAGAAACUCCCGCAGCUGGGCGCGAUGGGACACGAACAAGUGCAAAAAGUUGGCCGGAUCCGCCUUUUCGCCGUUGCUGUCGUGGAAACGACCCGUGCACAGUGCCUUGAGCAACUCGGUCGUCGGGCCAGGGACGUGGGUCACAAGGGUGCGUCCGUACUUUCGCAAAUUCAAAUUCGCUUCGGUGAAACUCAACCCCUCAAUGUACGUGAGUGCAUCUUGCACGCGCGCGUGGUCAGCAUCGCUUAGCGUUUCCGAGUGGAUGCGGUCCAGCUGAAUCUUGAGGUACCACGAAUGCUCGUGGUGCUUCUUGGCCAGGGCCAGCGCGUGCGUGGGGUAGUAGUCCCGCAGCACAGUCAGCGCAGUUUCAACGUCGAACGUGAGUUGCUGCUUGGGUUGCUUGCGCGUGUCGGCCGUCGUUGGCGCAUCGUCCGUCGUCUGUUCGUCGUCAAUGAGCAAAAACGAGUCUAAUUUCUUGACGUCUUUCAGCUUGGUAUAGCACUAUACAAACAAGUGAAUGACGUCGGGCAAGGAUUCUCGCCAUUACGUUCAAGAGAAGCGUGGUGUGCUCCGACGUUGCAAACGCUUUCGCGUGCAGCGCUUCCAAGUACGUCGUGAGAUUGUGGAUGCGCUGGGCAUCCAGGAACUGCCGGAUCACGUACGAUGGCUCGACAUACCCUGUCCAGCCAGUCCAUGCACGUCAACAUCACAAGCAAAAAUCCACCGAUCCACAAAAGUUAGCGUGAUAUGCACAAAGAAUUCAGCAAGAAAAGCCUGUUUACG